AUGACCGGAUCCGGAGUGCAAGGCAACUGGAUGGCCUCCUCCGUCAAGGAGAAGGACAUCAUGAAGCUCCGGGAGGGCUGGACAAAGAAGGUGGAGGAGAUCAAUUGUCCGCCUCCACUAUCCAAAGACCCAGCAAUUCCACUUGUGGACGACACCGCGCCGGAUACCGACAGCAGCUCGGAGUGUCGCCCCAGGGAUAAGCCCCUGGCUGAAUCUCCGGCUCAUGACAGCCCCCAGCGAUCUUUAUCUUCGGGGGGUUCGCUGGAUCCAACGGCCAUGGAUAGCGGGUCACUGCUGGGGGCCUCCUAUCCCAAGUCCACAGACGACGCCGAGGUACUAUCCCAAAGGGACAUCCUAGGCCAGGGAGAGACGCAGGAGGCCGUCGAGGUGGCGCCGGAGGUGGUUGAGAGGGUUCAGUCCGUUAAGAACGGACUGGCCGAAGCCUGCACCAGCCUUCUAACAUGCUUUGAGGCGUCGUUGCUGGCUGCAACCUCUCAAGGUGCCGAAGUCUCCGAACUGAAGCAGAGUCUGGAGCGGGCCAAGGAAGAGCUCGGCUGUGUAAAAAAGCAGCAGGAGGAGAAGCAAGGAGCUGCGACAGAGGUGGAGAACCUCAAGGCCGCGCUGGCCGAAGCACAGAAGAGAGCGGCGGAGGAAGAAUCCGUCCGCGAAAAGCACGAGGCCAGGGUCGGGGAGGUCCAACAGGAGCUCGAGGACGCUGUAAAGAAAUGCGAGUCCUUGGAGCGCAAGAUUGCGGAUCAAGAGUCCGAGCUUGCUAAGGCCCACCCAUUCACGCACGAGGCCCGGGUUGAAGUCCAGGGCACCCUCCAGGAAAUCCAAGAGGCCAAGAAAAUCACGGAGGGAGCUGCGACAGAGGUGGAGACCCUCAAGGCCGCGCUGGCCGAAGCCCAGAAGAGAGCGGCAGAGGAAGAAUCCGUCCGCGAAAAGCACGAGGCCAGGGUCGGUGAGGUCCAACAGGAGCUCGAGGACGCUGUAAAGAAAUGCGAGUCCUUGGAGCGCAAGAUUGCGGAUCAAGAGUCCGAGCUUGCUAAGGCCCACCCAUGCACACAAGAGGCCCGGGUUGAAGCCUAG